CGUGACAUGAAAAGUUAACAAUGGUCGAUGAGCUGUCAAACGUAUCUCUUCGAAAAUAAACAGAUUCCGUGUUAAUUUAUUGAUUAUUUAUAUUUAAAAAUUAUCGUAGUUAUUUUUAUUGUCUAUUGUAAUUUAUGUCUGUCAUUUAAUAAUCGUAAAUUAUAUCUAUAAAUAUUGCUCGCGUGGUUUCACGAGUCCAAGGAAUCUUCGGGUUUUAACCUUUUUUAGUAUAGUAAAUAGUAAAAAAAUGUCUUAUAAAGUUGGGCAACGGGUGGAAAUUUCUGGCAAAGAUUGUCAGGGCGUUAUUGCAUAUAUUGGUCAUCCAGCCUUUGCUACUGGUAAAUGGAUUGGCGUUAUACUGGAUGAGCCCAAAGGGAAGAAUAAUGGUACCAUCAAAGGUCAAUCUUACUUUAAGUGUCAAGAAAACUGUGGAAUGUUUGUCAGGCAAACUCAAAUUAUUUUACUCGAUGAAUCUGGAAAUCGAACGGAACCAGUUAGUCCCUCUUCAGCAGGUAGCAGUGCAACGACACCGGAUGACAGUGGUGCAGCUAGGGCUAGAAGCAGGUUGAAUAGCAUUAGUAUGCGACGAAGGAAUGAACCAACCGCUGUUAGGAGAAAAACAUCUCCUGCACAAACUAUACGCCAACAACCCGACAAGCUUUCGGGCUCAAGACUAUCCCUGGCUGGUAGUAGGACUCAUUUGAGCGCUCCCAGUACAGAAAGUCUACCUGGAUCACAGCAUGAGCGCAAGGAUGUCGGAGAGUCUCACAUACCCGCACCAACGUCCACUAAAAGAGCAUCCUUCAUUGAGAAGUUCCCUAGCACGAGCUCGCCUCCCGGCAAAAAGCCAAAGGCCCAAGAUGAUCAGAAUAAUACGGGUUUCGUGGAAACCCUCAAGCCACAAUUUGUACCUGGCCAGUCGAUAGCAGGCUCCGGUGCAGCUGCAAGUUCCGUUGAAGAAAAAUUGUCGCAUCUGCAACUGCAACAGGAAAAUGAUAACUUGAAAGCUCAGGUACGUGAUCUCAAUGAGAAGCUGGAUACUUUGAAGGUGAAGCGUAUGCAGGAUAAGGAGAGAAUGAAAGAAUUUGAGAAGACAAAACUUCAAUUGGAACAAUUGCUGGAGUUUAAAGCGAAGGUUAUGGAGAGUCAAGCUAGUCUGCAAAGAGAUCUUCAAAGAGCACGUCAAGAGGCUCGUGAAGCUCAUGAGGCACGUAACCAGUAUCAGGAAGAAAUGGCUGACCUUACCGAGACUGUAGAAAUGGCGACACUUGAUAAGGAAAUGGCUGAGGAAAAAGCAGAGACCAUGCAAAUCGAAUUGGACCAAGCGAAGGAAAAAGUAGAGGAAUUAACACUAGAUUUAGAAAUCUUACGUGCAGAAAUGUCGGAGAGGGCUGGAGGUGGUGGUGGCACCGAUACUCAGCCAUCGACUUAUGAGGUGAAGCAGUUGGAAUUGCAAAACAAUAGAUUGCGUGAAACUCUCGUGAGAAUGAGAGACCUCUCAGCUCACGAGAAGCACGAAUUUCAAAAGCUCCAGAAAGAUUUGGAUCAGAAAAAAUCUGAAAUUCUGGAGCUCGGUCGUACGAAAGAAAAACUUUCUGCUCGGGUUGAGGAAAUGGAGCAUCAAAUAGCUGAUCUGCAAGAACAGGUUGAUGCAGCACUGGGUGCUGAGGAAAUGGUCGAGACGUUGGGUGAACGCAAAAUGGCAUUAGAAGAAAAAGUUGCCGAAUUGGAAGAAGCUGUAAAUGACUUGGAAGCGUUACAGGACAUGUCGGAUCAAUUGGUCGAGUCAUCCAAGGAAUUAGAACUGGAAUUGCGCGAAGAAUUGGAUCUCGCUUUAGGAGCAGCUCGCGAUGCUCAACGACAUCGGGACGCUGCUUUGGAAACACUUGCCGAUCGUGAGCUCACUAUAAUAAAAUUCCGUGAUCUAACUCAUCAGUUGCAAGAGCAAUGCUUACAAUUGCAACAGAGACUCCAAUCUACAGAAUCCACAAAGUCCGGAUCAAGAGGAGCUGAACAACAGCUUGCCGAAAUUUUAGACUUCCAGAAGACAUUCGCCGAGACCCGGGCGCAAACAAAGGCCGUGGAUCUUGAAUUACGUCGACUCGAAGUCGAGGAAGCUCGUACUCAUGUUCGAUACUUAUUGUCUUUCAUGCCACCAGCGUUCCUGACUCGUGGCGGUGAUCACGACGCGAUCCUCACAUUGCUUCUUAUUCCAAGGAUAAUGCAGAAAUCAGAGAUUUUAAUUUCUCAGGUCCGCGACAAGUACAGGCCUAUUGAUAAGAUCGACAGGGCAACAGUGGUUAAAGGACACUCUGUCGCACAGUAUAGCUUCAGAUCUCGGCUAUGCUCUCACAUUUAUGCUCUACAAACUGCUCUUGGUUGCUUCGAAUCAGCUUUGAAUAUUUGUAAUCCGGAAAUACUACUUAAGGUGGGAGCAGCUUAUCCGGAAAUGGCGGCGCAAGAGAAGGCGCUUGAUUCGCUGAUAGAAUUAGCUAAACGCGAUCAGCUCGAUGAGAAUCUGCCAAUGGACGCAAUUGAGAAGUGUUGUACAUACUUCUCUACAAUGUACUCUGUGCUGCUUGGCGAGAGUAACUUUGCUAAUCAAGCUCGAAUGAUAGUGGAUGGCACAAGAAUUCUUGGUAGUGCUUGCGACGCUAUUGCCACUGACGCAUCUGCCAUCAAAGCGCUGAUUCACGGUGAAGGUGGUGAUAUAGGACUUCUUUGCCAACACGCGGAAACUGCUUGUGAAGUGAUCCAACAGCAUUUGAAAUCAGCUAGAAGAAGGGUACCACGAGAUCAGAUAACGGCUGUCUGUCCAACUGUAAAUCUUGGCUUAGACAAAGAUUGGCCAGAACAAUUAUCCAACUGUUGUCAGCAAGCUGUCAAGGUGAUGAAGGUGUUACAGGAUCUUCAGAAGAGUGCAUUGCAAGCUAUAGUUGCAAAUGGAGAUCUUGAUACGGGAUUAACCGCUGAUAAACUGAAAGAAAUGGCGGCUGUGUCAAGUGAGAAGAUCUAUGACACAGAAGACUUAGGCCCAGUGACAACAAUAAAAGCUAGCUUGACAGAGAUUCAACAAAUGGCAGCUAACUUGGCACAGAAAAUGGCAGAGUGUGAGAAUGAACUAGCUAUUGCUGGUCAGACAACACCGCAACAGCAACAAAGUGUAGACGGCAGUGAAAUCACUACUCCAAUUUUGAUUCGGGCUCAAAUAGCCAGGAAGGAAUCGGAAGAGACAAAGAUAUUAAGCAGAAAGUUAGAGGCACGAGAUAGUGAUAUAAGAGAGGCAAGAUUGAUAUUGCGAGAGAAGCAAGAGGAACUAUCGGAAAUGACGUUGAGAAAAGAAUUGGCUGAAAAACGUUUAGCAACUCAGCAGCACGAGCACGAAUUAGACGCUGAGAAAUUGAAGAGAAAAUUGGAGGAGGCAAUCAAUCAAUUGAAGCGCAAGGAAAAGGAAUUCGAAGAGACGAUGGAUCAUCUUCAGACAGACAUAGACAGUUUGGAAUCUGAAAGAGGACAGCUCAAAGAAAAGUUGAAAUCAUUUGGCAAGAAGACACCUUCCUCUGGAACUGGAGCAGAUGGCAAUAUAAGUAGUUCAUCUAGUAACGGAUCACCAGCAACACCAUCCAUGGACAACAAGUUGCUCGUACAAGAAAUAGCUGCUCUCAGAGAGGCUUUGAACGUGGAGCACCAGGAGAAGAUUAAAUUACUCGCUGAAAGCCUGAGGCAAAAGCUCGACGAUUUGGAACCUUUACCUGUUGUCAUUAAACCCAAAAACUCAGAUCCAAAGAUCCAGGAGUUGCAGAAAAAGAAAGAUAAUCUUCUCAAAGAUGUACGAAAUAUCAUGUUCCCCACUGUUCCUGAUCUAAGUCGUAGUAAAACAAUGCCUAAGGAGUUGCCCGUCUUAGAAAAGGCAUUGCCUGCUUACCAAUUAUUGCAACGCCAGGAACUGAUGCGAAAACUAAAGGAGCGUGUUGGCCAGCUAGCAAACGAGGUCAGAGAAGAGACCAUAAGGAGAACCUUAGGCGGAAGAGCAGAAGCAGAUUUCGCAGUAUUCCCAAGUCUCGAGAUGGCAGCAGCUAUGCAAGAAGAUAAUCAAUUAAUUGUAGCUGAAGUGAAUCUACCAUACAGUGGCGUAGCCCAAUCGCACGCAGUGAACGUAGGUCUUCAGGAACUUAGAAAAAUUCAUUCUCUCGUAUGCUACUAAGUACUCGCGCUUUGUGAAGAUAUGAGUUUUUGUACUUGUACAAUAGCAACAAAUUAUAAUACGGUCAGAAAUAUUUGUUGUAUCAGCAAUAUUAUUUAAGUAGUUUCAUUAAAAGCUUCGUAACUGUAUGAUACAUUGUUAGUAUCAAAACUUGCGAAAUCAUAUUCAUAUAAUCUGGCAAUUUUUCAUCAAGUUUGAGCUAUUGAUGUCAUUAACUAUAUACUUCGUUCACAAGUAAAAUGGUUUAAAGCGACAGAUGUAAUACAUGUUUCGUACGAUUGACUUCAGUAGAAAAUUUUCUCACUGCGAAUAAAUUUUACCAAAGGUACUGUACAUAGCAGAUCAAUGGAAAACCUUGCUUUAGACUUCGUAUUUUUACAUCUCUCACUCUAAGCUAUAUUGUUUGUGGACCGACUAAACCUUGCUACGAUUACUAUAUUUUUAAUCUUUUUUUAAUGAAUCUUAUUCGGUAUUAUAUAAUUGUUUCUAAUUCCUGCACAUUGUCUACACUGCGAUGACUGGUACACCGUAACUGUUAGACUCAGAGGGCAGAAUUUAUUAUUUUAUAAUUUUCAUGCAACCGCUGAUAUCACAAGUAUCGAUGUAAUAUUUGUAUCAAAUCGCAAUGUAAAACAUUUGCAAAAUAUAUAAAACCAUAAAUAAAAACUAUACAAAUCCUAUUUGUGCA